GUGAGUGUCGAGUCAAAUUAAUAGCAAAUAGUCUGCGCCUGUUGUUCAAGCGAAACGUUGGUGAAAAAAACGUUAAAUAUUAUACAAUUUUUUUAAAUAAAGCAGUAAAACGUCGUUUACACUCAUUUUUGAAAUGGAGAAAUUAAUAACGGGCCGUCCGCAGCGUAAUCGGCGACAUAGCAGACGCGCCUGGCCUCCAGAGGAUGACCUUCAUCAGCCGCGUCUUAUAAAGCGACUUUUCACACCCGAGAUCAAGCGCAUGCUGAAGGAUUGGCUUGUGCGUCGCCGCGAAAAUCCCUAUCCAAGUCGUGAUGAAAAGAAACGCUUGGCCUGCGAAACUGGUCUCACGUACACACAAAUUUGCAAUUGGUUCGCCAAUUGGCGUCGCAAGUUGAAAAACUCAGAAGGGGAGCGUAGCAAAAGAUCUUGGGGCCAUCUCAUUAAGCAUUACAAUACAAAUGCACGUGGAAAUGUGGAACAAUUUAGUAUAUCUUCGGAGGAUAGCAUUUGGGAAGAGGAUGAGUUGGAACGGAAUGAGGAUGAAUUGAAACGGAGUUUCGACGACGAAUAUGAGUCGCGUGAAGAUGGCAUUUCUAGUGGCACUGAGGGCACAGUUAGCUCAUCAGGCGGCUGUUGUUAUGACAGUCUUGACAAGAGCAUAUCGAAAACUAGCUGCUUUUUGAAAAAUCAAAAAUGUGAUAAUCGCAUCGUAAUAACACCUGCUUACGUAACUGCAAAUGAGCCACCAGUCGGCACUAUUCCUCAAAAUUACCCAAUGGCGUCACAGCAACAGGCAAGUGAGGCCAAAGAAAUACUGACAAAACCAAGCUCAACCGUCAACACCGCAAAGUACAAACAGAAAAUGAUGGAGAAAUAUCUGCGUGAUAUGCAUAACGCGCAACCACCUGCAAUUACACAACAAUCCGCCCCCCAAAGUGUCUGUGAUGAGCUGAGUAUUAGCACAAAGCCGAUUGUAAAUGGAUCCGCCAACAACGGUAGUAAUGGCGUGCGCAGCGGUGAUAAUAACGCAUUGACGAAAUGGCUGGAGAGUGCGGCACGUUUUACGCCCGAUAAGAAUAACUACUUCAUCGAAUGGAAUGGCAGAACUGGAAAAUUGGAGCGCAAACAACGCACGAAACAAUUACGGCGCGUCACAAUUAUACCAGCCAACUCGCAGAUCUUGCAGCGCCGAUCUACUAGUGCCUGCCCCUCACAAUUGGAAUUGGACGCGGCUGAGGCAUUGGCCAAUAUGGCAUUUAAUUGCCGGCAGCGAAUGUUGGACUGCAAUACUGCCGGUGUGAGCCUACAGACUGUCAAUGCAAUUAGUUCUUAGCAGUUGGUGCGCACAGGCACACACACACAUUCAUACAUGUACAUAUGUAUGUAGGUACAUACGAACAUUUACAGCACAAAAGCAAGCAUUCCAGUGUAAAUUUUGGGUGCAAAAGACUAUGCGAAUUUAGGGAAUUUUACUUUCAUCAUUUAAGUGGAGCCAAGACUAGACGGAGUUUAAAAGACAGAGAAAUGUGUGAAAUGAGCGAAUGAAUAAAUGACAUCAUAAGAAAUUAAAAAUUUGUGUGGAAUUAAAAUAUGGAAAAUAUUUGAAGAAGGGGUGCAAUAAGAAGAGAUACAUAAAUUUUAGAAUAAAAUAAAAAAAAUUGGAUAAUGUAAUAUAACGCAACAUUUGGUAAUAAAUAAAAUUAAUAAAAAAUAAUAAUAGUAAUAAUAAGGAAAUUGAACGAACUGAAAAAAGAAUUAAAAAAAGUGUAACAAAACUUAAUGAAAUGAACAAAAAACAAGUUAAAAAAUGUAUCAAAACUAUCACAAACUUAAUGAAAUGAACAAAAAACAAGAUUAAAAACAUUUUACACGACUAUCACAAACUGAAUGAACUGAACAAAAAACAAGAAAAUAAAUUAAAAAUAUUUAACAAAACUAUCUCAAACAAAAAAAAAAAAAAAAUUAAAAAUAUUUCACAAAACUUUCUCAAACUGAAUAAACUGAACAAAAAAAAAGAAAAUAAAUUAAAAAUAUUUAACAAAACUAUCUCUACUUAUAGAACUGGACAAAAAAAAAAACUAAAAAAAUUUUACAAAACUAUCACAGACUGAAUGAACUGACAAAAAAAAAGAAAUUAAAAAUAUUUAACAAAAUUAUCACAAAAUAAAUGAAAUAAACAAAAAAAAUAAAAUAAAUGAAAAAUAUUUAACAAAACUAUCUCAAACAAAAAAAAAAAGAAAAUAAAUUAAAAAUAUUUGACAAAACUAUCAUAAACUGAAUGAACUGAAAAA